AUGUCCGACCCCAGCUUCGCACGUUCAUCAACCGACCAUGCACUUGGUGAAUUUUUACCAAAUGGCAAUAAGACUGAUACGCCUUUGCCAGCAAAUGGACCGACCACCGGCUUUAAGCUGAACCAUAUGAUGAUGAGAAUCCGCGAUCCUGCACGCUCAAUGCACUUCUACAUUGACCUAAUGGGAAUGCGAACCGUUUUCACAAUGAAUGUCGGACCCUUCACAAUCUACUACCUAGGCUAUCCUAAGACAGCAGAACAUCGCGAGAAUCCAUCAAAGUUUGGGGAAGAUACAGUCGCAAGUCUGGCUCAUACCCUUGGACUAUUAGAGCUCUAUCAUAUACAUGGUAGUGAAAAUGAGCCUGAGGGUCUAUACAGCACUGGGAAUCAGCCUCCCAAUCUCGGCUUUGGACAUCUGGGUUUUACAGUGCCUGAUGUCCCUGCGGCUUUGAAGCACCUGCAAAGUAAUGGGGUCGAGAUUUUGAAAGAUCUGGGGGUCGCCACUCGGGAGUCCAUUCCUUUAAGUCCAUGGGAAGCCCAGCGUGGUCUUGGAUUGGGCGAUGUACACCCCGAAUACCAGAAGGUAUUCAAACAGAUUGCAUUUAUCAAAGAUCCGGAUGGAUAUAUCGUGGAGCUUGUACCACAGCAGAUGAACCCUCUUGAGCCAUGA